CUUUCUUUCUAGUUUACUACUAGUACAGAUCCCAUCUCUGGUUUUUCUCUGAUGACAAAACAAAGUUAAGUUAUACACUGUAUUUAAAAAGAUGAGGUCCCUCGUUUUGUCCAGAGAUUGAUUCUCCUCCUCUUUUCCUCUUCCCUCCUAGUACCAUACCAAAAACCAAAAGAUAUCACAAAAACAAGUACACCCACAACAACAUCCAGACCAGAGAUAUCAAUAAACAGAUCAGAGAAGUGUCAAGUGUGUCUUAUGAGUCCUAUGAAGGCUAACUUGUACUUGCCGUAUCUGUAAAGGCAAGCAAAGCUGCUGCAGCUGCUUCUGCUUUCUUUCUUUUUCCAUAUUGCCUGCAAGCAAACAACAACACAUAGCACACAUUUUUGAAACCCUAAUAACUAGCUAGUUGCUAGUUGUUGGUCAUCUCUGCUCAAGUAAUAAAGAGGUCAGAGUAGUACUCUAGUUGUUUCUAUCACUUUACAUGCACUGCUUGUUCUUCUUACUAAAGCAAGCAAAGAGAUAAAAGGGUUGUUUUAACAUUUAAGUUUACAGACAAGUACAGAUCUAUAUACACUCAAUUACAACAUAGAAAUUUUUGGAAAGACACUCAAAAUGUUUUCUGAAUAAGCUGGUGUGUCUGGAUCUUAAUCUAAGCUCCAAAAUAUCUAGAGUUUUCAUUUAUUUUGUACUACUUAGUCAUCAUCACUCAUGCAAGUUGAAGAUCUGUAAUUUUUAAGUCUACAACAACAGUAACAGCAAAAGAACAAAAAACUGAAGCAGUUUCUAAAAUUUCUCAGUUAGCUAGGGUAAGAGGAGAGAAAUGGCGAAUCGGUGGUGGGCUGAAAAUGUUGGGAUGGGAGGGUUUAAUCAAGUUAUAUCAACUCCAUCUUUACAUCUAAGAAACCAAGAAGAUCAUCAUGAUGGUGGUCAUGACCAUGGUGGUUUAGGUAGACUUGGAGGACCAGGUAGAGAUCAUCAAGAACUCAUCAAUACAACUACUGCAACAACAACUACAACAAAUAGUAGCGCUAAUGAUAACCCUGAUGAAGAUGGCGAUAAUGAUCGAGAAGGUGAUGAUCAAAAUCAAAUGGGUGAUGGUGGUAGUGGUGGUCGAAGACCUCGAGGUCGUCCAGCUGGAUCUAAGAACAAACCUAAACCCCCAAUUAUUAUCACUCGUGAAAGUCCUAAUGCUCUUAGAAGCCAUGUUUUAGAGAUCAGUAGUGGAAGUGAUAUUUCAGAAACUAUUUCUACCUUUGCAAGGAGGAGACAAAGGGGUGUAUGUAUUCUUAGUGGUAAUGGGGUUGUUACUAAUGUUACACUUCGGCAACCUACUGCACCUGAUGCUGUUGUGACCCUUCACGGCCGAUUCGAGAUAUUGUCAUUGUCGGGUGCGUUUUUGCCGGCUCCGUCACCACCUGUUGCAACCGGGUUGACUAUAUAUUUAGCUGGUGGGCAAGGGCAGGUUGUUGGUGGAUGUGUGGUUGGAGAAUUGAUUGCUUCUGGUCCGGUAAUGGUGAUAGCUGCAACAUUUACCAAUGCUACUUAUGAAAGGUUGCCUAUUGAAGAUGAACCAACUGGUGAAGGAGGAGCACAGUUACCACAAACUUCGGGGGUAAAUUUGGAAAAUAGUGGUGGUGGUGUUUCUGCAUCUCAACAAUCCCACGGGGGUGGUGGUGGAGGUUUAACUGAACAAUCUUCAAUGCCUCUUUACAAUUUACCACCAAAUCUUCAACAAUCAAAUGGCGUUGGAGGCGGCAGUGGUCAGAUGCCUCAUGAUGUCUAUUGGGUUCCUCCACCUCGCCCACCUCCUUCAUUUUGAUACCUGAAGAGAGUAUGAAUCUUAGCUCUCUAUGAUUCUUAGGGUUUUGUUUCUUUUUGAAUGUUUGUUUGUUCAGGUUAUACUUGCAGUCCUUGUACCAUAUGAGCAAGGUAGUAGUAUUAGUCUUUGAUCAUUUCUUGUUUUCUUAGAGCUUCUUGUAUUGUGAAAUCUAUCUACUGGUUCCAUGAUCAUUAGGGUUUCUUAUUCAUUUGUGUAGCUUGAUUAGUUUUCUUUUCCCUUAGUCCCUUGUCGUUUGUGUGUUAUCCUUGUGGUGGACUAUUAUGCUCCACAUUUUUGUUGCAAAAAGCAAACAGCCGAGAUCAUCUUCAACUCAAGCAAACUGUGGAGUUGGAGACACAAUACUCAAAUCCAUUUGCAAUCUCUUUACAUAGAGAUAAAGAUAGAUGCUAAUUACGGGGAUACUACUGGGUGAUUCAACAUUUUAAGAACUAAAAAUACAAAAAAACAAUGGAACCUCAUAUAGAUUGAUGGAGCAAUAGACUACUACUCGGAGCAGCCAAUUACUAAUCGUCGAAAGCGAAAAUGGGAUAUGAAAAUGUUUGCAGUUGAAAGUAUGGCCAAAGAAUCUGCAUUUAUUGGCCAUCUUACCUAUAUGUUCAUGAUUUUGGAACCACGACCUUUUUCAGGGACUAAAUUAUGUAUUUCCCGCUGCAUCUUAUUUUUAUGUGCAUGAUUUUUUUUUCAACUUUGAUAUUACAUAAUCCAGUAUUGCCUUA